AUGGAGUAUCCAGAUUUUAACGCGACAUCGGCUGGCGGUUUUGUUGGUGACGCUCAAAUGCUUAGGCCUCAUUGCGAAGGUACGCACGCCAGCACGACUACGAAACUGCCAAGGAGGAAUCCCUCUGCCGCAAAUAUUGGCGCAACAGCGAAAGAGCGGCGCCACAGCGAACUUCGCGGCCACGACCGCGGGAUGGAGACCCGGCGUACGAUACGUCAAUUACCCUCAAGACACGAGCCUGGUGAUUGUGGUGAAGACAGGGGCGACAGAGGCCUUCUCAAAACUACCGAUGCUACUACUCACCUACCUCUCCUGCGUGCCACCCGAGAACGUCCUCUUCUUCAGCGAUAUGGCGGGGAAGAUUGGCAACUUCGCCAUACACGACUCUCUCGACACAGCGACGGCGGAUGCCACGAAGGACAACCCGACUUCGACCUAUACAAUAACCAGAAGGAACUGCGCCAGCUGGGCCAGAACAUGGACUUGCUGCGCACUGAGUGGAAUAGCGAGGCGGCGUGGCGGUUGGACAAAUAUAAGAAUCUGUACACGGCGCAGAAGGCGUGGAAUCUGGCGCCGGAUCGCGAUUGGUAUCUUUAUAUCGACGCGGAUACAUAUAUCAGCUGGGCGAACUUGUCCCUGUGGCUUGCCACCCUCGAUGCGACCAAGCCGCUCUGCUUAGGCAGCCAGGUCGAUGUUGGGAGGCCGCCAUUCGCGCACGGUGGCAGCGGAUACCUCCUCAGCAAGCCGGCUAUGCAGCUACUUGUCGGAGUCGACCGCAAGUCGUUGGCGAAAGAGUUCGAUAAGAACGCCACGACAGCGUGUUGCGGCGACCAAGAGUUGGGCAGAACGCUGUUUAAGAAAGUUCUAAAAGUGCAGAACGUGCGGCCAGUUAUUAACAGGAAGAAUCCAAAGGAGUUUAACUUUGGACCUGAGCUGUGGUGCACGCCGGUCGCAACGAUGCAUCAUGUGGGAAGCGAGGAGGUCUAG